GGAAGUCGACGGCGUGAGGCGGGCGCGAAGUCGUUGACCGCGAAGACGCUGGGCGCGAUACAUUUCUUGUUGUUUUUAAAUUUACGUCAAAUAACGAGGAGAACUAGCGUCGUUUUAUUGCACGCAGAGCGAUAACAACCGAGCGCGAGCCGAGAAAUAUCUGCGGAAUUAGGUGGGAACGGUGGGUCACCCCAUGGAGUGACCGGUCCCGCCAUGGGAAUAUGGAAUUUCCUCCACUGGUUGUACAGUGAAGAAAAGCACCCCAUCUUCACGGUCGUCUGAAUGAGAAACCACGUUGACUUGACGAAGCGCAAAUGCGUACGAAGUUGGAACACUUUGUCACACGUGAGGGUUUGUGUUCAGCAACAUCAUGGAGCAGGGAGGAGACACACACAUGGAGGUAGAGCACGCAGUUGACCCCUUCGCUGUAGACCCCGAGCCAAACCGCCGCAUCAUGGACAUAAAUCUCCAACUCGAAGACUCUGUUCCCCUUACCAUCAACGACAACCAGGAACCUACAAGCUCCACAAAUCAACAUCACACAGCUUUCCCCUAUGGUGCCGAUCGCGACCCAGGCGCGGUCGCAAAUUUGCUUAUGUAUGAAGACGUUGAAACGCUUGAAGCUAACACUGCUGCUGCACAAGCAGCGAUGCAGCAGCGGCAUGUCAGUGGAGUCGAGGGAACGGCUGGUCUGUCCAGAAGGAGGCCGUGGCGUUUCCGGACGUAUGCGGCGCUCGGAGAGGCAUCGGGCCAAUCGCGGCCGCACGACACUCGGAGCGCACGGUCCACGAGGACGGGCGUUUUGCUGGAAACCGCUCCGGCGGCAACGGCUGCGACGGCAACACGGAGAUCCACUAGGACUGGUGGAGGUGUCGGGAGUGGUGCCGCCAGGACCCAUCAUGAGGUGUCUUCAAAUCUUCUCGCCAGCUUCUUCCGUGCGCAGGGAGCCACGCUUAUGCAGAGGGACGUGCAGAUCGUGCUGGGUUCUGCGCGAGCCAACGGCGGCGACGAUGAUUCCUCCGAUUCGGCCUCGGAUCCCGGGAACCAGGAGCUGAUUGAGCUGAGCGGCUCCGACGUGGACCCAUAUGACGAGAGCACCGAGGAGGCAGAGACGGCCUCUAUUGUCGACAGCGGCGAUCUGGAUGCUUUGUCAGAAGAUGGACAUGAAAAUGAAGAGCAGCUUCCAUCUGCAAAUAAUGAGCCCACAGCAGCUCCACCUAGCGACCUGCAGGCGGGCGGCCCCGUGGCUGGGUCGGCGGGACUCGGUGCGGGGACGUCGGCGGGAGAGGGACUCGGUGCGGGGACGUCGGCGGGAGAGGGAGCCGGUGCCGGGGCGGUGCUGCCGAACCCCUGCAAGCUGCCCACCGCCGCUUCACCAGGCGAAGAGGAACAUGACCUGUGCCCCGUGUGCUUUGAGGCGUGGACCAAUGCAGGAUCCCACCGCCUGUGCACGCUUCGCUGCGGCCACCUCUUUGGAUAUUCCUGCAUCGACAAGUGGCUCCGUGGUCAAGGGGGCAGGUGCCCACAGUGCAACAAGAAGGCGAAGCGCUCCGAGGUGGUUGUCCUCUAUGCCAAGUCGAUCAAGUCCGUGGACACGAGCGAGGAGGAGCGUUUGAAGAGCGAGCUCGCAACGCAGCAAGUGCAGCGGAGGAAGGCCGAGCUGGAGUCGGCUCAGUGCCGCCUGCAGAUGCAGGUGGUGUCGGAGGAGUAUCGCAAGCUCAAGCACCAGCUGCAGGAGCUCCGCUCCACACUGUCCCAAUACGGCGCGGGGUCAAGCUGCACGCCGUCGAGCCAGGGAGAGGGCAGCGGCGCCGUCGGCACCUCCCAAAUAUACAACUUCACCAAGGGCCUCACCGUGUCGGCUGGCGGUGGAUGCCGCGUCAUGGCCUUCUCGUCCGCCCAGGGUUGCCUCGUGGCCUCGCAGCCCUCGCCCCAUGCCUCCUUCAUGCCAGGUUUCGGGGUGAAGAAGAUCAGUGGCGGGGACCUGAAGAGCACGCAGUACGUGCCCAUCCACAGCAACCAGAUACGUGGCCUCUCCUUCAGCAGCCACGGCGACAGCCUGCUGCUGUCCGCCUCGCUUGACAACACCGUCCGCAUCACCAGCCUGACGAGCAACACGGUGGUGCAGACGUACCAGGCGGGCAAGCCCGUGUGGAGCUGCUGCUGGUGCGGCGACGAACAAAUGUACCUCUUUGCGGGGCUCCUCAAUGGCACCAUCCUGGUGUACGACAUGCGGGACACGCGCACGCACGUGCAGGAGCUGCCCCCACAUGGCGCCAGGUGCCCUGUGGCAUCGCUGAGCUACAUCCCGCAUGGGGGCGCGUCCCCAUUGGCGGCCCUGCCGAUGGGCGGGCUCCUCGCCGGGACGCUGGAGGGCGGCUGCUUCUGGGAGCGCCGACCGGGCGGCAGCUUCGUGCCACACGCGCUCUCGGCGGAGCCCGGCGGCGGAUGCAUCGACGUGCAGUGUGAGCCCCACAGCCGCCACUGCCUCGUCACCUACCGGCCCGGCCGGACUCAGACGUCGGUGCGCUGCGUGUUGCUGGAGCUGGAUUCAGUCCCAGAGCCCGGAGACCCCGCGCGCGUCCGCGUUGCCUGCAACCCCGUGCAGACGUUCCACACCGGCUCCACGUGCAAGCUGCUCAACAAGAACGCCAUCUUCCCGAGCCCCGCGCACGACGGCAGCCUGCUGGUGUGCACCGGAGACGAGGCCUCCAACUGCGCCAUGGUCUGGAAAUCCACCACAGGCUCUCUUCUGCAAAAGCUGCCAGCUCAACAGCCGGUGCUUGACAUCUGUCCCUUCCAGAUGAAUCAACACAACUACCUGGCCACGCUAACUGAGAAGAUGGUGAAGCUAUACCAGUGGGGUUAGGAUUGGGGAAGGCUUCGAGGGGAGCUCGGACGUUGCACAACAACGACAGCGAUUGGAAAAACGCAUCCUUAACGAAAAGCACCCACCCGGGUGACGCUUUCAUUAAAAGUAUCCCCACUGAAAAGUAUUCACGUUAACUUUGUUCAACCGGGGUGAGAACUCGAGAUACCCUCGGAUCAGUCGCAUUUGCAAGAUUGCCCUAGAUCACCAAAGUGACAAGCAAAACAAUUAAGUACAUCGGUGAAGCAAAAUAGAAAUCCGAAGGAGAAAAACCUGCGUUUGAUGAGAAAUAGAAAUAUUGUACUAUCAUUAAUCAAUAUUUCAUUUUUAAAUCUGUUUAGUGUGAGUCGGCUUGGGCAGAUGUUUUUUCAGACUGAGCAUAGCACAAUUACAAAAUUAAGUUACACAAACGUUAAAACAGAUGCAGGGUGACCAAGGUCGUGGGUUCGACUCGGCUCUUCAUCCCUCCGGAAGUAAUAAAUUAAGUCCAACGUCUUGUGGAGAGACUGCCCCUGGCCUGGGAAUGUGGGUUUUCCCACUCUGGCUCAAGGUCCACCAACAGAAGAUAAGUGCCGCCACCAUUGCUCGCGGAUAUCAGGAAGACGGUUUGAAAGUUUGGACUUUCGAAUUAAAAACCACCGCCGAUGUCGUUUCGGAGUUGAAUGCUGUUAACAUCCCACUCCAGUGCUUAUGCAUCUUGGCCUGCUGAUGCAUUAUCUUAAUCUUGGGAGGAUGAAAACAAGGAGACCAAAUUAGCACUGUUAAAGCGAAUGACUGUUCUCUGGGACACGCCGCAGGCUGCGGACGGCGGUCUUGAGAUCACGCACGUCUGACUGUCUCUGCAGCUGGAAGACCAGCUUACUUGGGCCGUGCGGGCCAAAUAAAGUUACGCGUGCAAACGUGAAAUGUAUCAAAAAGUAUAUAUAUAUUUUUUUUACAUUUGUUAAAAUUUUCAUGCAGGCUUGCGUGGGAAUUAGUAGACAUUAUUAGUGGUGGGGGGGGGACAGCUGUUAGGUCGAUUGUAUUCUAUUUAGGCUGACUGUGAGAUCGCCGCUGUUCGCAGAGGUUUGCUCGUUGAAUCCAGCGGCCGCAAUGGUUAUUAGUCGCGGGCGUAUUCACAACUAACAGUCUGUGCCUGUAGGGGACGUUGAAGAUCCUGCCAUGUUGUUCACAAGAGUGUCGGCCCAUUGUGUUUGCCUGCGUCAUGGUCCAAUUUUUUUUUCGUAUUUAAAUGUUACCCGCAAAUCACUCAAUUGGAAUGUACAUAUCGAUUGUUGCCCCAUAUUCAUAACCCUGGCAGGACCCUCCUGAAAACGAGUUAUGAGAAAACGAGUGAUUUUGCUGUAUAAAGAAGUAUAAUAAAUAAUUUUAGUUAGUGACUUAACUUAUUUGACCUUUUAUAUUAAAAAAUGUAUCACUGUGGUUGAAUAUGAACCAAUGUCAGUCAGUUUAGUAUGUAUACAAUCCUAUAUUUCAGUCGAAAAUGGAACCACAUUUUAACUAGUCAAAUUAUAUUAUAGGGAGCACAUUCAUCGUCUGCCCAGAUCCAUCCACUGCUCAAUGAAAGCCUAAUCAAUCCCUAAUAGUCUGUAAAUGCAAUAAAUAAUCCACCUCGCAUCUUCAUACGAGCCGGACUCAUCGCUGCAUCUACACAGUGGAUGUCCUUUAAAGCGUGGCCCUCCUCAUUUUGGCUGCCACUCCCAUCAGCAGUCUCAACCAAUGGCCAUGCAUUCCCUUCUCGCAACGUGUCCUGCCCAAGCACACGUUUCUUAACGCUCAAUGUGAUGUCUAGAGCUUGUGUCUGUCUUCUCUGAUCCAUGUGUUCCUCCUCCUGUGCAAUUCCCAGCAUGUACUUUUUCACGCGUUUUUUGCGCACUUUUCGGCUUUUGUUCCACACUUUGUCAAUGUCGAUCUUAAUGUUCCUGUCAUAGCAGGGACUACUUUAGGAGAGCAUAAUGAAAGUACAAAUAUUCCCAAGAAAACAUGUUAAAAUAUAUUCAGAAUACUGUAACAGACCACAUUUCAAUUUAAAUACUUUCAUAAUACUUUGAAUUUCAAUCACAAAGUUGAACUUUAUACAGCAGCACAUUGUGGCGGGUACCAAAUUUCACUAAAAUUGUGGGCGAACGGAAGGAGAAUGAGCAUUGUUAAGGGAGACGAACACGCAAAUUGCGGCCAGGAUAAAAACUGGCGAUCCCAGACUUUCCCUGCGGCGUGGCGGGUCGUGACGCUUUUGCUGAUUGGCACAAAACCCAGCGCCUCACUCCGCGUGCGAGCAUGGAGCCUCGUGAGCUGCCUGGAUCACAGCCUCGACGUCGGUGGUUCUGGACGACCACAGAAGCUGAAAGAAAGGGUUCCAGCGAUCGGAUCGGUCUUCGGAAGAAUUCGACCCUCCGAUUGCUUAGCUACUCGAAUCAAACCUCAACUCGAGUCGAUGAGGAUCGCAAGGGUGACGAUUGGGGGAAGAUCGCGAGUUGGUACCGAAGCCGGGCGUCGUCUUCGCCCAUCCGGACUCGAAAAAGCGAGUACCACUUUGUGAGCAGUCGACGGUGCUCGUCUUCUAGAGAAACUGGACCCCUCCAUAGGAUCGUGAAGUUUCCACUGCCGGCUCACAGGCGCCAAUGGGGGAUGAGCGGUGGACCUUUGCGAGCGCACCACCAUGAUUUGCCCUUGACAUUUUAAGACGUCACCAAAGUUUGGGAUGUUGAGAGAAUGGCGCUCGUUUUGGGAACGAGGACUUUUCGCAACAGGCUCAGGGCUGGCUAUAGAUAUACAUGUUUGAUCUUCACACUUGCGUAAACUGUUUACAAAUAAAGUACGCUUUUUCAAGAAAAGUUAAAUUGUAACAUCACUUGUACACCAAUACCGCGCAAUCUCUCUGCCAUUGUCCUUGUCGGCAAGGUUCGUCUUCGAUUUGCUUCUCUGAUGUGUUCGGGGGUUGAGGCCCGUGUGCGUCGUGAGAUGCUUCAUUUCACUCAUCGUGCUGGGAGCUUCAGGAACUGAUUCUUGGCAAUGUGUAGGUUCCCUCCCGGUGCACGCGAAGCCCCCGGCACGUGCAGCGAAACGUCGGACAUCGUGCCGAACAGCACGCAGUACAAUCUGUGCAAUAAAAUU